GCCGAAGACGAAUAAAGUCUCGACAUUCAAAGCUCUUUGGUCAGACCAGAAGAGUUACUGUGUUUGUGAACUGCAAGAAUUGUUUAAGCUAUCUGAAAUGGCUUCUGUAGAAGACGAACAGCCGACUUCCUCAAGUUGUACAUUUAGUAAGGAAGAAGUUAGCAAGUUGAUGAGUAAAGGAAAAAGGCAUUUUGUUUGCGAUGAAAUUGUUGAAGCAGCAAAAUGCUUUGAAGUCGCAUGUCUCAUGUUGAGCAAAAAAUAUGGUGCAUUGUCCAAUGAAUGUAGUGAUGCUCAUUUUCAGUAUGGGAAAAGUCUAUUAGAGUUAGCAAGAUUGGAGAAUGGAGUAUUAGGAAGUGCUUUAAAUGAAGCUGUUGAAGAAGAAUUACCAGACAGUGAUGAUGACAUGGCAGAUACAGAAGCUGACAACACAGAAAAGAUAAAUGAAGAGAAGCCAGAGAAAGGAUGUACUGAAGAAAAAAUGGAGGACAAUGAAACAGAAACCAAAUUAGCUGGUGAUGAUAAUAAAGAUAGUAAAAAUGAUGAGGCAGAGAAAAUUGUGGAGAAGCCUGCAGAUGCGCUCAAAACUGAAGAUAAUGCAGAAGGGAAAACAGAUCAAGAUGAUAAGAUGCAGCCUGAUGAAAACAAGAAUAGCAUUAAGGAAGAAAGUCAAGAAAAUGAUAAUAAAGAUGUUUCUCAAGACAAAAAUAUAAGCAAUAAAGAAAGAAUGAAUGAUGAGCAGAAGGAAGGAGAUGAGGUUGACAUUACCACAAAUGAAGAUCAGGGAAAGGUUGAAGAUGAUAAAGAGACAGCAGAUGAUGGCCCAGUUUCUACAAUACAACUAGCUUGGGAAUCAUUAGAGUUAGCAAGGAUUAUUUUUAAAAGGCAUAACAGCAAAGAAAUGCAGCUAAAACUGGCACAAGCCCAUUUGCUGUUAGGCGAAAUACAUAUGGAACAAGAACAAUUCACAGAUGCUGUUACUGAACUGACAAAAUGUCUUAAUAUACAAAAGAACCUGCUUGAGCCUGAUGACAGACUUCUUGCAGAAACAUAUUAUAAUCUUGGUUUGGCCUACACCUUGUCCAUGAUGUAUGAAGAAUCAGCAAGCCAUUACGGUAACGCAGCUGAAGUUCUUCAACUAAGAUUGAAAAACAUUAAAAAUAGAAUUGAAGAAGCGGAAAAAAAGGACAAAGGUAAAGGAAAGAGUUCAGAUGACGAUCCUUUGGUUAAAGACAGGAAAGAACUCGCCGAGAUUGAAGAUCUUUUACCUGAGGUCCUGGAAAAGAGUCGAGACGCAAUGAAUGAAAAGGAGAGAAUGAAAAGCAAUAUUAAAGAGCAGAUGGGACUAACAUCUUCGUCGAUGGGACUAACAUCUUCGUCGAUGGGAACUGGAGAAAACAAAUCUGCGUGCAGUAGUAGCUCUUGUUCAGAUAAACCGGUCAAUGUUAUCAAUCAUCUCGUCAGAAAAAAGCGAAAAUCUAACGACACUGAAGAGAACACCGACACACCUGCAAAGAAACCUCGGCAAAACAUCGAAGACACAACGGCACAGGAUCAAAAUGGCGAUAACGCAACGCCAGAAGUCGAAACUAAUGUACGACAGGGGGACGAAGAAACAUCGGCGCAACUUGAAAAUGGUGAUUCGACAACGGAACCACAAAGCCAAGAGGGCACGAAACAAGCCAAUCAUGGAGCUACGGUGGAAGAGAAAGAAGUACCCGCUAAAAAAACAAUAGAACCCGAAGGUAAUACGACACCGGCCGAAAUUGGUGACUCGGCCAUGGAGACGUAACUGGUGCUAAAACGCGUCAGUCUCCUUAACCGUAGUUUAUGUUCAUAAGAAAAUUGGAAACUUUAACGAAGGCAUCUGGUAGACAACGAUAAGAAGUCUUAUAUUAUAUCUUUCUAGAAAGUUAAUUAGUGUAGUUACUAGAUUAUUUAAAUUUUAGUAUUUUUUGUUUAGUACAGCGUUUGUAUUUAAGUUAAAAACCUAGUCCUAGAUGAUGUUUGAAAUCAUUUUUGAUCACCUUCAUAACACUUGUCAGUAGAACCUAGAAAUGUUUUGUAUUAAACGCAAUAUAAUUUGAGCCUAAUCAGCCUCGUAUCCAGGGUCUUGAUGACUUGAU